UCUGUCAACAUGUCUCACGCGUCAAGAUACCGCUCAAGCUCACCAGGGGGACGGCGGCUUGUUGACCCUUUGCGAGCAUCGACAGGAACAGUUGCAGAAGAUUUAUACACUUCGCCUACGAGUUAUCACAACUACGACGGUUACUUGUCUCCUAAAGUUGCUGAACGAAGAGGCGGGUUCUUCAGUGUCGACAGCGGCGAGCGUCUCGAAGCUCAUCCCAUAUCUACCACAACUUACAGGGAUGGCAAUCAUUCUACGAAGCUGAAGACUUCUUACGCAAUCCGCCCCAGGAGUCAGACUACCGAUUCCAGCCGGCGUCCGCUCAGCCUGUCUAUUCCUUCAACAACGUCGUCAACUCGAAAGGGACCCAUCAUAACCUCCGGAUACCAAAGGUCAACAAGUCCUUUACCGCCACGUACAUCCCAUGCUCGAGACGAGCCAGAGCGAUAUAUUCUACCAGCCAGUUCAGGUCGAUCUCAUAGACGCAUUUAUAGUUCGGAUUACACAAGCGACAGUGGCUAUGGGAAAUCUGUCGUAAAACAUAGAUCUCAUGAGCCCCGAUAUCAUAUCUAUCGACCAGCGGGUGUGUCACGCUAUCAUGCUUACGGAGAUCCUAGACAGUGGGACGAUUCCAAAUAUUACGACGCUUAUUCGUAUACGAAUGCCCGAGAAACGUUUGAAAAGGAAUCUGCUGCAAGGAGCUCACAACGAACUCAUCAUCGAGUAGGACGUCCGACAAGCAUGGUAGCUACCGGCUCUGCUUUGAUUCGUCCCGUUCACCACAAGGAGUCCAAGAGAUUAUCAUCAUCUCAUCGUGGAUCUAAUCGACAUCAUGAGGACGACAGGCUGCGUAUCACCAAUGGCCGGGACUUCACAGACAGCGAGACGCACCGGGAUCAUCAUAGAUAUCCACAUCAACAACGUCUUGUAGUACAUCAAGACAGAGAGGACGGCUAUCAGUCAUUCACGGAUGAUCACAAGCAUUCCAGUCGUCAUCGCCACAGCUCCCGUGCACGGGAGUCUCGUAAGAAACGUGCCGAAGACUACCUAGCUCCAGUUCUUGGUGGACUUGCUACUCUUGGGUUGGCAAGUGGCUAUUCCGAUGACGGCAGGGACACUGACCGAUCCGGUCGAUCAAUUAGGCAUCGUUCACGAGACCCAGGCCACGACGACCAUGACCGUGAUUAUUAUCAAGAUCGAGAAAGAGGGAAGGAGGGAGUCUCUGGGGAUGAACAUGCUCGUCGUCGACAUAGACGCCAUAGGGAUCGAUCCAAGCGCCCAAGCUCAUCGUCAGACUCUGAUGAUUCUGACUCCGAAGCGUACUCACGACGACGGCGACGUGAAAAAUCAUCUUCCCGCAAGAAACAUGAUUCGAGCAGUUCUGAAGGAGGUCGUGAUCGCCGCAAAGAAGAAUCUGGGAAAUCACUGCCUGUACGGAAGGGCGAUGGUGAAAGUGUAGAACGUCCUCGAAAGCCAGUAGCCGUUGAACCCCCCGCAACUAAGGAGCCAGAAGCACCUCCCAAGAGCAUUCUCAAGCCGCCUCGGGAGAAAUUUCCAGAAGAUGAGACCCAUAUGCGAGAAGGCGUGGCACCCCUCAAAGAUGCGCAAAAGAAUGGCAUACCGCCAGGAGCUCGAUGGACAAAGAUCGACCGGCGACUUGUCAAUCCCGCUGCGCUUGAAAUGGGUCAUGAGCGGUUUGAGGAGAGACCUGAAUAUGUGAUUGUUCUCCGGGUGUUGACAAAGGAAGAGAUUCAAGCUUAUGCGGUGAAGACCCAAGAAAUUCGAGAUGCCCGUCAAAAGGCCACGCAAGAGGAACGCCGUAGACUACGUGAAGAGCGGCGCCGCAAUGGCCAAGUUGAUACAUCCUCUAGCGAUGACGAGGAUGACGACGAAGACGAGUCUGCCCCAUUGGCUAUUGAACCAGCGCCGAUGAAAGAUGACUUUCCGGUGCCUCGAGGGAGAGACCGAGUCGCCAAUGAGGUUCCAGUGGAAGUGAAGAAGUGAGCGGGCUUGAUGGUCGGUUGUAUUUGCAUUUAUCUUCUACUCUCUUUGUAAUUCUGUAUCUUACGUGUAUGUGUCUCCUAAAUGUUCCUUCGAAACUGUAACCCAAUUUGUUACUUCUAUCACUUUCACAUGUCUUUUUUCAUGCUAUGAUCUACGAAGUCUACUGUAUCUCGGUCAGUUGAUGUAGGAUACAAGCUGAGAUGUGAUAUUAGCUCGGCGACUUACAUAUCCACAGCUAAUGGUAUCAACAUGCAUUCCCGGUCG